UUCAGUACCAACUUUGGUUUCUUUCCUAUUCCUUUUCGUUUUUUUAUACCUCUUAAAGUCUAAGCUAGAAGAAAAAUUUGAAAAUGCGAAUGCUUUUAGUGACUUGUUGCGUUGCCCUUUUGGCUGUCUCAGCCAACUGUGAAGCUCCAAAGGAAGCUGAACUUCAGCAAGAAUCACAAAAUGUCGAGAAGCGUGGAAUUCAUUACAGUUCCUACGGAGGUCACGACUGGACACCAUCAUACGGUGGAGACCAUGGAGGCCACCACGAGCAUCAUCAUGAACAUAUCAAGACAGUAACAAUUGAAAAGAAGGUUCCAUACCCAGUUGAAGUAAUCAAGAAGAUUCCAGUAACUGUUGAGAAGAAGAUUCCUUAUGAAGUUAAGGUUCCAAUUCCACAACCCUACGAAGUCAUCAAGAAAUACCCAGUCAAAGUUAAGGAAUACCAAAAAUACACCGUUGAAGUACCAAAGCCUUAUGACGUCAUCAAGAAGGUUCCAUAUGAAGUCAAGGUUCCAGUUGACAAACCAUACCCAGUCAAGGUAUUCGUCCCAGAGCCUUAUGAAGUCAUCAAGAAGGUCAACUACAAUGUCGAAAAACACAUCCCAACACCAUACGAAGUCAUCAAGAAGGUUCCUUAUGAAGUAACAAAGACUGUUGAAGUACCAAAGCCUUAUGAUGUCAUCAAGAAGGUUCCAUAUGAAGUUAAGGUUCCAGUCGACAGACCAUACGCAGUUGAAGUACCAAAACCAUACCCAGUCUACAAGGAAGUCAAGGUCCCAUACACAGUCGAGAAGAAGGUUCCAUAUGAAGUCAAGGUCCCAGUCGACAAACCAUACACCGUUGAAGUAGAAAAGAAGGUCUCAUAUCCAGUCAAGGUACCAGUUCCACAACCCUACGAAGUCAUCAAGAAGGUCCCAUACAUCGUCGAAAAACCAGUUCCAUAUGAAGUCAAGGUUCCAAUUGACAGACCAUACAUCACUCACAAGGAAGUCAAAUUCCCAGUUCACAAGGAAGUUCCACAUGCAGUUCAUGUUCCAGUCCAUCCACCAGCCCAUCAUGAACAUCAUGAACAUCAUGAGCAACAACAACAUCAACAACAACAAGAACAACACUCAUAUGAGGGUCCAUCAUCAUACUCACACUCAUCUGUCGAACACCAAUCACAUGAACAUCAUCACUAUUAAGUAAAAAGACAUUAAAAGUUGUUUCAUGAAACCUCUGACACCAAAUAAUUACUGCAAGAUGCUCAAAAAAAAGUUAGGACACUAUAUAAUCCAAUUACACAUACUCGACUUAAAUUAGACUUAAAAAAAUAUGUUUUUGUAGUCAAGCGAUUCGAAAAACUGCCAAAAUUUAUUACACAAUUUUUAUGGAAGUCGGUGGAGCAAUUGCGAUAAAAUCUCAAAAAAAAAUAAUUAAUGUGAUGCUACUGUUUAAUUUUUAAGGUUAACGAUACACUUUUUUUGAGAUUUUAUUUGCGUAACAUUGACAGUCAUGAAUUUGAAGGUAUUUUUUUGGAAAUUUUUUCGUUUAGCUGCGGAUGAAAAAAAAAAGUUUCAAUUUUGAAGGGGAUUUUUUUUUGAUUUGCGGAAAAUUUUUGAGGUUAAGUAAAAACUUAAUUUUUGGGGAAUUAAUAGCUUUAAAUAAUGAGAUUAGUAGUUGUGUCAUGUAAUUGCCACUUAGUAAUGUAGGUUGAUACCCAGAACAUCAACUUUUACUUUUUUGAGGUUAAUUUGACCUUAGCUUGACUUCUUUCUCUUAUUAUCAUCAAUAAUUCGAGGCUAUAUCUCAUUAAAGUAGUGCAAUAUUCCAUUUAAGAUGUUAAACAAGUUGUUAUGUGUGUUAUGGUUACUAUAGAUGCCUGUACCAUAAUUGUAUGGCUGUCUGGCAGUCUAUCUAUGGAUACAGGUUCUAUAAGACUAAAUACACUUUAAUCUUGAUUAUCAACACUUAAAUUAGUAGCUUUAAUUUCAAAUUGAUGGUAAAAAGUAAAGAAAAUUCUAGCACGAUUUUCUCAAUUUGGGAAUUUUAACGUGUUUUUCUCGUGAGGCAAAAACUGUGAUACUCAAAUUCAUGAUGUAAAUCAGCUCAUCUUGUUCAAAAAUUAGAUUAUAAUCUAAAUGUUGAAUUGAAGAGCGCGUUUCACAUGAAUGGGAAAAAAUGACGCGUUUUUCUCAAAGAGGAAAAUCUCAAAGACAUCAAAUUUGCUCAUAAAUACACCUUAUGUGAUAGUUUAUCUGAUAGCAAACUACAACUGCUUACCAGCAACCUAGUGGGGCUUUAAAACCAUAGCAACCACACCCUAAUACUCCAAAAACCAACCUCAAACUACAGCAAUCAUUAAAAUCACCCAUCAAAAAUCAUCUCAGCCUCUCAAAUAUCCUCAAAUUGAGACUGAGAAUCUGAAACUUUUUUUUAAUAAAUUCCAACCUAGAUAAAUUGUUAAUGUUGAACAAAAGAUAAUUUUUGUGAAUGCGCGACUUUUCUACCUACUACCUAUUGUAUUUUAUUAUUUUUUUUAUUAAGACUUUUCCUAUCUCCUCCUUAAAAAAAUGAUUUUAAAAGAAAAAAAAAGAUUUAAGAAGAAGAUUUUUUAAAAAAGAUCCAAAAAUUGAUUUCGAGAAGUAAAAAAACAUUUGGUUGAGAAGUUUUGUUUUUGACAAAAUUUUUUAAAUAAACGGCGAAAGGGGGAAAAUUUUGUUAAUCAAAAAAUAUGUUUAGAAAAAAUAAAAAAAAAAUUGAGAGGAUGACGAAGAUUGAAGAAAAAACCAAGUAAA